AUGGCACCGAUAGUUAAGCGGUCCUUGCUCGGCAGCGCUGCCUCUUUAAUGCUGCUUUAUAUGGCAUGGGAGUUUUAUAUGCUGCAGCCAUCCAGCCUGGAGGAAUACCCAGUGAUCUUUGAGCCACUCAAUAUGGAGAUUCUUGGAUCAUUAAGCGACUGGGAGAUGCCCAAUAGGCGGCCGGAGUUUUCAGAUCUUCCUGCCAUGAAAACCCUAGAUCCUGCUUUCUUGCCAGACUACGAACAAAGUUUCUUUUCGUUUCGCCGGCGACGGCUUGUUUUUAUUGGCGAUGUACAUGGCUGCUUUGAUGAACUGGAAGAACUCCUGAGGAAGAUCUCUUUGACCCGGCGAGAUCAUUUGAUCUUCACUGGUGAUAUGAUCAACAAAGGUCCCCAAAGCGGAAAAGUCGUUGACCUUGCACGACAGCUAGGCGCUUCGUGCGUCCAGGGAAAUCAUGAGGACCGCAUCUUACUCAUCAGAACAGAUUUACAAUCUCGUGGGAUUCUGGAUUCGGGAUCCGUGAACGCAUACGAUCUACCCGCAUAUGAUUGGAAUGAUCGUCAGCUAGCCAGGUCUCUGGCCGAUGACCAGGCUGCCUGGUUGCAAGAGUGUCCUGCGAUCCUCAAGAUCGGACAGGUCAAGGACAUGGGCGAGGUGGUUGUUGUUCACGGCGGACUGCAUCCUGCUGUGCCCCUCGAGCAGCAAGAACUGACAAGUGUAAUGUCAACGAAAACAACGUUCUACAGAGCCUUUCCAUGGUUUAGAGUUUACAACCAGCUCAAUAUGCUCCUCUUACAAGGUUCAAUUGUGCCUGCACCUCCAUACACUAACCUGACGACUGUCAUAUAUGGCGGUCAGUCCUUUGAAAUUCGACAGUAUACCAAGGGACUUAACUCUGGGUGUGUUCACGGUGGUGAUCUAACUGCCCUUAUUAUUGAGGAUGGUGGGAAGAGUCAGGUUGUGCAGGUGAGGUGCAAAAAACAUGUGCAAUCUUGA